AGACAACCAACCUGGCAGGGGUGCGUCACAUCCUGCUGGUGCUCUCCGGGAAGGGCGGCGUUGGGAAGAGCACCAUCUCCACCCAGCUGGCUCUGGCGCUGCGGCAUUCCGGGAGGAGGGUGGGGAUCCUGGACGUGGACCUGUGUGGCCCCAGCAUACCCCGCAUGCUCCGGGUGCAGGACAGUGAUGUGCACCAGUGCGACAGUGGCUGGGUCCCGGUCUAUGUGGACCAGGACAAGAGCAUCUCACUCAUGUCCAUUGGCUUCCUGCUGGAGAAGCCGGAUGAUGCCGUGGUGUGGAGAGGACCCAAGAAGAAUGCUUUGAUCAAACAAUUUGUUGCUGACGUGGCCUGGGGGGACCUGGACUUCCUCAUCGUGGACACGCCGCCGGGCACGUCUGAUGAGCACAUCUCCACAGUGGAGGCCCUGCGGCCUCACAAGCUGCUCGGAGCAGUCCUGGUCACAACGCCCCAGGCUGUGUCUGUGGGAGAUGUGAGGCGGGAGCUGACGUUCUGCAAGAAGACAGGCUUAAGAGUUCUUGGUAUUGUGGAGAACAUGAGCGGCUUCGUGUGCCCACACUGCUCGGAGUGCACAAACAUCUUUUCCAAAGGAGGAGGUGAGGAGCUGGCCAAGCACGCUGGGGUUCCCUUCCUGGGCUGUGUUCCUCUGGACCCCCAACUCAGCCAGAGCUUGGAAGAAGGCAGAGACUUCAUCCAAGACUUUCCCAAGAGCCCUGCCUUCCCUGCCUUGGCUCACAUUGCUCAGCAGAUCUUGGAUGGUACGUCACAGAAGAGCCCCUGAGGACAGUGUGGGGCUGGACUCGCUGGCUGAGCCCCUGGCAGCACCACCAGCAGCCCAUGGUGGUGGGACAGAGGCUGUGGAAGCUGUUUAUCUAUGAAGUGUCCCAGU